GCAUCGUUGCCCUUUAUUAACAUGGCGGCAGUUAUGCCUUAACAUGUAGCCCCGCCUACAUCUAGCGUUUCUUUUAUAGGGGCGUGUCUCCAUUGACAGGGAUGUGAAGAGGGAAGUGCAGGAGGCUGAGGUGGAAAUACUGAAAUCGGAGUAACCCAAUAUUAAGAUGUUGCAGCUCCGUUUUGUCAAAGGAGGCCUGACCUUCCUCGGUGUGAAGCGCAUCUCCGUGCUCAAUGCUGCCUUUCAGAGCACCCAGCGUGUGGAGUACAAGCCUAUCAAAAAAGUUUUAGUGGCCAACAGAGGUGAGAUCGCCACACGUGUCUUUAGAGCAUGCACGGAACUGGGGAUAAGGACUGUAGCGGUCUAUUCAGAGCAAGAUACAGGCCAGAUACAUAGACAGAAAGCAGAUGAGGCUUAUCUCAUUGGGAAAGGAUUGCCACCAGUCCAGGCCUACUUAAACAUACCAGAUAUCAUCAAGGUUGCUAAGGAGAAUGAGGUUGAUGCGGUUCACCCUGGUUAUGGUUUUCUUUCUGAGCGUUCUGACUUUGCUCAGGCCUGCACAGACGCAGGUGUAAGAUUCAUUGGACCCUCCCCUGAGGUGGUACGCAAGAUGGGGGACAAAGUAGAGGCCAGAGCCAUUGCCAUUCGUGCAGGGGUGCCAGUUGUUCCAGGCACAGACUCUCCAAUCAGCUGCCUAACAGAGGCCAAGGAAUUCUCUAACAUAUAUGGCUUCCCUAUAAUAUUCAAAGCUGCAUAUGGAGGUGGUGGACGUGGUAUGAGAGUAGUGCGGAGCUAUGAGGAGCUGGAGGAAAAUUACACAAGAGCCUACUCUGAAGCCCUCUCUGCCUUUGGAAAUGGAGCAUUGUUUGUGGAAAAAUUUAUUGAAAAACCUCGUCAUAUUGAAGUUCAGAUACUUGGUGAUAAAUAUGGAAAUGUGGUGCAUCUGUAUGAAAGAGACUGCUCCAUCCAGAGAAGGCACCAGAAAGUGGUUGAAAUCGCCCCGGCAGCUCAGCUGGACCCUCAGCUCAGAGACAGACUGACCCAUGACUCGGUCAAACUGGCAAAACAGGUGGGUUAUGAGAAUGCCGGCACCGUGGAGUUCUUGGUGGAUAAACAUGGCAAGCAUUACUUCAUAGAAGUCAAUUCCAGACUCCAAGUAGAACAUACAGUUACGGAAGAAAUUACAGACGUUGACCUCGUCCAUGCCCAGAUCCAUGUUGCAGAGGGAAAAAGCCUUCCCGACCUUGGCCUGAAGCAAGAAAACAUCCGUAUCAAUGGUUGUGCCAUUCAGUGCAGAGUCACAACAGAAGAUCCUUCACGUGGCUUUCAGCCGGACACUGGUCGCAUUGAGGUUUUCCGGAGUGGAGAGGGAAUGGGAAUCCGACUGGACAGUGCGUCAGCUUUUCAGGGGGCCGUCAUUUCCCCACAUUACGACUCCCUUCUGGUCAAGGUCAUUGCGCACGCAAAAGACCAACAAGUUGCAGCCACAAAAAUGAGCAGAGCUUUGGCAGAGUUCCGUAUUAGAGGUGUUAAGACCAAUAUCCCCUUCCUGCAAAAUGUCUUGAACAAUAAUCAGUUUCUCCACGGUACAGUAGACACUCAAUUUAUCGAUGAGAAUCCAGACCUGUUCAAUUUGAGGCCUGUGCAAAACAGAGCUCAAAAACUACUGCAUUAUUUAGGCCAUGUGAUGGUAAAUGGGCCAACAACACCAAUACCAGUUAAGGCAAAACCUUCUUCUGUAGAUCCGGUCGUACCUCCAAUCCCAAUGAAUGAUCCACCUCCUGGCUUUCGUGAUAUUCUCCUGCGUGAAGGUCCUGAAGGUUUUGCUCAAGCUAUACGACGGCAUAAAGGCUUAUUACUUAUGGAUACAACCUUCCGAGAUGCCCACCAGUCUCUUCUCGCAACUCGUGUCCGCACCCAUGACCUGAAAAAGAUUGCUCCUUUUGUGUCACACAACUUCAACAACCUUUUCAGCUUAGAGAACUGGGGAGGUGCCACAUUUGAUGUUGCAAUGCGCUUUCUGUAUGAAUGUCCUUGGAGACGCCUACAGGAGUUAAGGGAACUCAUUCCCAAUAUUCCCUUCCAAAUGCUUCUUAGAGGUGCAAAUGCCGUAGGUUAUACCAACUACCCAGAUAAUGCAGUCUUCAAAUUUUGUGAGGUGGCAAAAGAGAACGGGAUGGAUAUCUUUAGGGUUUUCGACUCUCUCAACUACCUGCCUAACAUGAUCCUAGGUAUGGAGGCAGCAGGUCGGGCAGGUGGAGUGGUAGAAGCUGCUAUUUCCUACACAGGUGAUGUGGCUGACCCAACCCGCACUAAAUAUACUCUGGACUACUAUGUGAACCUGGCUGAGGAGCUGGUUAAAGCUGGAACCCACAUCUUGUGUAUCAAGGAUAUGGCUGGACUUCUGAAACCCAAGGCUUCUGACAUGCUGAUCCGUUCAUUGCGAGACAAGUUCCCCAAUGUUCCCAUCCAUGUCCAUACACAUGACACUGCUGGAGCUGGUGUGGCGUCUAUGUUGGCAUGUGCACAUGCAGGAGCUGACAUUGUAGAUGUGGCAGUUGAUUCUAUGUCUGGCAUGACCUCUCAGCCUAGCAUGGGGGCUCUUGUAGCAUGCGCUAAGGGCACAGACCAGGACACAGGCAUUCAGCUUGAGAAAGUGUUUGAUUACAGUGAAUAUUGGGAAGUAGCCCGUGGUCUUUAUUCCGCUUUUGACUGCACUGCCACCAUGAAAUCUGGGAAUGCUGAUGUGUAUGAAAAUGAAAUCCCUGGUGGCCAGUACACCAACCUUCACUUCCAGGCCCACAGCAUGGGACUAGGCAACAAAUUCAAGGAAGUCAAGAAGGCAUAUGCUGAAGCCAAUAAAAUCCUUGGGGAUGUCAUUAAGGUUACACCCUCCUCUAAGAUUGUAGGAGACCUGGCGCAAUUUAUGGUGCAUAACGACCUAAAUCGGGAAGCAGUGGAAACAAUGGCCGACGAACUCUCCUUCCCCCUCUCGGUGGUGGAAUAUUUGCAAGGCUAUGUUGGAAUCCCUUAUGGGGGAUUUCCAGAGCCUUUUCGUUCUAAGGUUCUUAAAGAUCUGCCACGCAUUGAGGGUAGACCUGGGGCAACACUCCCACCCAUGGACUUUUCAAUACUGGAGACAAAACUGAAAAGCAAAUACGAUGACAUUACCCCAGAAGAUAUAAUGUCGGCAGCAAUGUACCCAAAAGUGUUUGAGGAAUACAAGGAUUUUAGCACUCAGUUUGGGCCCGUUGAAUGUCUUAACACCCGUCUCUUUUUGGAAGGACCUAAGAUUGCAGAAGAAUUUGAGGUGGAAUUAGAAAGAGGAAAGACUUUACACAUCAAAGCUCUUGCCCUGGGAGAUCUUAAUAAAGCUGGUCAGAGGGAAGUCUUCUUUGAACUCAAUGGUCAACUCAGAUCUGUCCUUGUCAAAGAUACCCAGGCCAUGAAGGAGAUGCACUUCCACCCCAAAGCCCUGAAAGAUGUGAAAGGCCAGAUAGGUGCCCCAAUGCCGGGCAAGGUGAUUGACAUGAAGGUCAAGGAGGGGGAUAAGGUUGAAAAGGGACAGCCUCUGUGUGUGCUCAGUGCCAUGAAGAUGGAGACAUUGGUCAACUCACCUGUUAGUGGAACAGUCAAGAAAGUCUAUGUAAAACCUGAUAUGCAUCUGGAAGGCGAGGACCUUUUACUGGAAAUUGAAUAAACAUUCAGAUGAGCAGAAAUACUGGAAGAUGUGAGACGCAAGUUCCCCCUCCCUCCGCUCUCCUUGGAAUCGGGAGAGUUAUGUCUCAUCUUGUGCUUGUGGACAUUGUUGAUAUGAGAUGUUUACAGUGUUUGCUGGUUUAGGGACCCAAGUCUGUCCUGGGAGUUUUUCCCAUUCAAAGGCUGAUGAUCGUUUUCCCCUCUUUCUUAAGAAGAAUUUGCUGGAAAGUCUUUUAUCAACUUGUAUUACAUUACCCAAGUGUCAGAUUAAAAAGAAGAGCUUAGAGAGCCAUUUGUGAGCUGCUGUAUUUUGUCAUUUCAUUGCCACUAACUUGCUUUUCCUCUGUGUUUAUAUGCGACUUCCAUGAAUAAAAACCGACCGCAAUCUU